AUGUGCGAGCAAGUUACAACAAUCCGCCACUGCACCACCUGCAGACAAUACAAGAGCCAAAUCAUCCGCAACAUCAACUGCGACAAAGUAUCCAUCUACAAGCUUGGCCUCUGCCGCAACGGGAUGAGCUACCGCGACGUCAUCGAAGACAUUGAGUGCAUUGAUUGCUACACCAAGCGCGAGCGGGAAGUUGAGGCUGAUAGAAAGAGACGAUGGCUUGCGGCAUGGCCUGAGGCUGAGCCGGAGGUUGAAAACGAGAAGAAGGAUGAGAACAAGGAGGAGAAGGAGGAUGAUGGCGCAAGUGUGGCAACGGAUGACAUGACGGUGAAUAGUGAGGAGUCUUGGAACGUUGUUUGA